GCCGCACGCCCCGCGCCUCCCGCCAGCCCGCAGCUCGCAGCGGCGGCGGCGGCGGCAGCAGCAGCAGCAGCAGCAGCAGCAGCCGGCCAGGGCCGCCCCUCCCCCUACACCUCGCCCGCCCCCCCAGGAUGCCGGACAGGCGGGAGGACGCGGCCCGUUCGGCCGGCGCCCCCCAGCCGGGGCCAGGCAGGGGCUGGGGCCCCGCGGCGGCGCUGCGCCUGCUCGUGGCGCUCCUCGUGCACUCGGCCUGGGCUGACAAGGAAGCUUUCAUCCAGUCAGACAGCAUAAUAGACAUGCUACGAUUUGAUGAAGGAAGCCUAUUGCAGACUGAGACAGCUCUCGGCCUCAGUUCAUAUCAACAGAAAAGUGUAUCCCUGUAUCGGGGGAAUUGCAGACCUAUACGGUUUGAGCCACCAAUGCUGGACUUCCAUGAACAGCCAGUUGGGAUGCCAAAAAUGGAAAAAGUUUACCUCCAUAAUCCUAGUUCAGAAGAAACUAUUACAUUAGUAUCAAUAUCUGCUACAACAUCACAUUUUCAUGCAUCAUUUUUUCAAAAUAGGAAAAUUCUUCCAGGAGGGAAUACGUCUUUUGAUGUAGUUUUCCUUGCAAGAGUAGUGGGAAAUGUAGAGAACACUUUAUUUAUUAAUACUUCUAAUCAUGGGGUAUUUACUUACCAGGUGUUUGGCAUUGGAGUCCCGAACCCCUAUCGAUUGCGCCCUUUUAUUGGAGCAAGAGUUCCUGUAAAUAGCAGUUUUUCUCCUAUAAUUAAUAUACACAAUCCCCACAGUGAACCUUUACAGGUAGUAGAAAUGUAUUCAAGUGGAGGUGAUCUCCACCUAGAGCUUCCAACAGGCCAGCAGGGGGGUACAAGAAAACUAUGGGAAAUUCCUCCAUAUGAAACAAAGGGAGUAAUGAGAGCUAGUUUUUCUUCAAGAGAAGCAGAUAAUCACACAGCCUUCAUUAGAAUAAAAACAAAUGCCUCGGACAACACAGAAUUUAUCAUUCUUCCUGUUGAGGUAGAAGUCACAACAGCUCCGGGAAUAUAUUCAUCAACAGAAAUGCUAGAUUUUGGUACACUACGAACACAAGAUCUGCCAAAAAUUUUAAAUCUGCAUUUAUUAAAUUCAGGAACAAAAGAUGUGCCAAUUACAAGUGUUAGACCCACACCACAAAAUGAAGCUAUAACAGUACAUUUUAAGCCAGUUACGUUAAAGGCAUCUGAGAGUAGAUAUACCAAAGUUGCAAGUAUUAGCUUUGAUGCAUCAAAAGCAAAAAGAGCAUCACAGUGUUCUGGGAAAAUAACUGUUAAAGCAAAAGAGAAGACUUAUUCAAAACUUGAAAUUCCAUAUCAAGCAGAAGUUUUAGAUGGAUACUUAGGAUUUGAUCAUGCUGCCACAUUGUUUCACAUCCGUGAGAGUCCUUCUGAUUCUGUGGAAAGGCCAAUCUAUUUUACAAACACAUUCAGUUUUGCAGUCCUUGUUCAUGAUGUUGUGUUACCAGAAGAAGCAAAAACAAUGUUUAAAGUCCAGAACUUCAGCAAACCAGUCUUAAUUCCACCUAAUGAAUCCAGAUAUAUUUUUACACUUUAUUUUAUGCCUUCCACAUCAUCUAUGCAUAUAGAUAACAAUAUACUACUUAUUACGAACGCUUCUAAAUUUCACUUACCCGUGCGAGCAUACACAGGUUUUUUAGAUUAUUUUGUAUUGCCCCCAAAACAAGAAGAGCGUUUCAUAGAUUUUGGGAUAAUGAGUGCCACAGAAGCUUCUAGCAUUUUAUUUGCUAUCAUCAACAGUAACCCGAUUGAGCUGGCUAUAAAAAGUUGGCAUAUUAUAGGGGACGGUUUAACCAUAGAACUCCUGGCCACUGAAAAAGGAAACAGAACCACAAUAAUUGCAAGCCUUCCAAAAUUAGAAAAUACCAGUGCAUCAGACCAAUCUUCAGUAAUAUUAACAUCUGGUUAUUAUGCUGUGUUUAGAGUAAAAUUAAUAGCGAAGGAGCUUGAAGGAAUUCAUGAUGGAGCUGUACAAAUCACAACAGAUUAUGAGAUUUUAACAAUUCCAGUGAAGGCUGUAAUUGCUGUGGGGUCAUUGACUUGCUCCCCUAAACAAAUUAUCCUUCCUCCAUCCUUCCCAGGAAAAGUAGUUCAUCAGAGUUUAAAUAUUAUGAGUUCCUUCUCUCAGAAAGUGAAAAUACAACAUAUACGCUCCCUAACAGAAGAUGUGCGAUUUUAUUAUAAGAGAUUAAGGAGCAAUAAAGAAGAUUUAGAGCCAGGAAAAAAAUCAAAGAUAGCAAAUAUUUAUUUUGAUCCAGCUUUACACUGUGGGGAGCACUGUUACGUUGGAUUGCCUUUUUUAUCUAAAUCUGAACCUAAAGUUCAGCACAGCUUAACAAUGCAAGAAGAUGCAUGGGAUACAGACUGGGAUUUACAUGAAAAUUUAUUCAGAGGUUGGACAGAAAUAACAGAGAACCUGGGUCACAGACUGAGUGCUAUGUUUGAAGUAGACACGGAUCUCCAGAAGGAUGUCGAAUUGAAAAUUACAGCAGAGUUAUCCUGGCCUUCCAUACUCAGUUCGCCACGCUAUUUAAAUUUUCCACUUACCAAUACCAACAGCUCAUCAGAGGAAGAAAUUCUUCUUGAAAAUCCAGCAGAUGUUCCCGUCUAUGUUCAGUUCCUUCCUUUAGCUUUGUAUUCUAAUCCCUCAGCCUUUGUAGACAAGCUACUAGAGCGGUUUAACUUGAGUAAGCCAACAAAUUUCAAUUUGAAGACUCUAGAAUUCCAGGUUUUCAGAAACUGUGUUCAUCCAUUGCAGAGCACCACAGGAUUUGUAGAGGGUCUGUCUCGACAGUCCAUUUUAAAUCUAAUUUUAAAGCCUGGAGAGAGAAAAUCUGUGAAAGUGAAAUUUACUCCAGUUUUUAAUAAGACAAUGUCAUCAUUAAUUGUGAUCAGAAAUAAUCUGACUGUAAUAGAUGCCAUCUUGAUGCAAGGCCAAGGAACAACUGAAAGUCUGAGGGUUGCAGGCAAACCUCCUGGUCCAGGAAGUUCUUUACGUUUUAAAAUCACUGAAGCAUCAUUAAAAGAUUGUUCAGAAAAGAUGAAAUUUAAAGAACCAAAUUUCACACUGAGAAGAACGUUCAGAGUGGAGAACACAGGGCAGCUGCAAGUUAAUGUGAAGUCUAUGGAAAUUAGUGGUUAUACUUGUGAAGGCUAUGGAUUUAAAGUUGUUAACUGUCAAGAGUUUGCACUAAGUGCCAAUGCCUCUAAAGACAUUGUCAUAUUGUUUACACCAGAUUUCACUGCCUCCAGAGUCAUUCGUGAAUUGAAGUUCAUUACAGCAGGAGGCUCUGAAUUUAUAUUUGUAUUGAAUGCAUCCCUUCCAUAUCAUAUGUUAGCAACCUGUGCAGAAGCCCUGCCUAGGCCCAAUUGGGAGCUGGCAUUGUACAUAAUCAUCUCAGGAAUAAUGAGCGUACUCUUUCUCUUGGUAAUUGGAACUGCUUAUUUAGAAGCUCAAGGAAUUUGGGAGCCAUUCAGGAGGCGCCUGUCCUUUGAGGCAUCAAACCCUCCCUUCGACAUGGGAAGGCCAUUUGAUCUCAGGAGAAUAGUUGGAAUUUCAUCUGAUGGAAACUUGAAUGCAUUUGGAUCAGAUUCUAACCAUGGAUCCUCCAGAGGACUCUAUGGAGCAGGCAGCUCCUCAUCACGAUCCAGUGCAGGAAGUCACAAGCAAUGCAAUACAACAGUGCACCUUCACAGCAAUAGAAAUUCAGCUGAUGUUGAAAACAUCAAAUCUAAAAACAGUUCAAAUGUUGCUAACAGGACUUGCACGCAGGCAGCUUCCACGCAGUCCGCUAACAAAACAGGGUCCCUUGUCUUGGAUUCAAAUGCUACAGCUCAAAAUCACACAGUGGGCAGAAGAUCCAAGGGGGCAAAACAGAACCAGCAAACAAACCAACAAAAUGCUCAAGCUCUAUUAGAGCAGCCCUCACCACAGCCACCACCAGCAGUGCCUCAGCAACAAGAGCAACAGACUGAAAGUUCUUCACCACAACCACCACUUCUUAACCCUUCACAUUCAGAAUGUGCCAGCAACACAAGGCACAGCUCAGAAGAUUCAGAUAUCACUGCUCUUAUAGAAACCAUGGACAACGACUUUGACCACCCAGAAUCCCCUUCCCCAGAUGUGUUUACAGAGCAGCCCCCAUCUCCAGUAGCAAAAAACAAAGGGAAAGGGAAGACAUAUCCACGCAAGUCUAAACCACAGAAGAAGCGGGAAGAAAAAGAAAGAAGAGGAAAGGGAAAACAACAGGAAGAUGAACUGAAGGAUUCUUUGGCAGAUGAUGACAGUUCUUCAACUACUACAGAAACCUCUAACCCAGACACAGAACCUCUUCUGAAGGAGGAACCAGAAAAGCUGAAGGGAAAACAAGCUAUGCCAGAAAAACAUGAAAGUGAAAUAGUUCCAGUAAAACAGAAAAGCAAAAAGCUAUCAAAUAUCAAAAAGGAAAUCCCUGCAGAUGUGAAACCAAGUUCUUUGGAUUUGCCAUAUACUCCCCCUCUGGAAAACAAACAGCGCAGAACUUUUUCAUCCAAGAUGUCUACACAGCACAUGUUGACAAAUGGGUGCAAACCUAGAAACCUCCAGAAAACAAGAGGUCCAAACAAUAAGUUAAUGGACAACAGGCCAUCUGCAUUAGCAAAAUUUCUCCCAGGUGGUUCUGGACAGGAGCUGGGCAACACCAGCAGCUCAGAAGGGGAAAAAGAUUCUCCACCACCAGAGUGGGACUCGGUGCCACUUCACAAAGCAGACAGCUCUGCAGAUAACCUUUAUAAACUGUCGCUCCAAACCCUCAAUGCAGAUGCUUUCUUGAAACAACGACAGACCUCACCAACUCCUGCCUCUCCAUCGCCACCCCCUGCAUCUUUAGCUUUCGUUCCACGAGGCACUUACAGUAGCAUUGUGAACAACAGCUGUAGCCAUGAAACAAAGAGCAAACAGCCAAAUGGUACCAAACACAAGCUGGCAAAGACGGCCUCUCUCCCUGGCAGAAAUGGAAACCCCACCUUUGCUGCUGUAGCUGCAGGUUAUGACAAGAGCCCAGGUGGUAGUGGAUUAGCAAAGGUUUCACCAAACAAAGCAGAUGUUUCUGGCAAUAUCAGCAUUUCCCAUGUACCUGUUGACAGCGAUGGCUCUGACAGUUCUGGUUUCUGGAGUCCGAUCAGCAACCCUAGCAGCCCUGACUUUACGCCCCUCAAUUCAUUCUCGGCAUUUGGUCAUUCUUUCAACAUAACUGGAGAGGUUUUCAGCAAACUUGGGCUUUCCCGAUCUGCUUAUGGUCAGGAUGUACAAAGGAACUGGAAUGAAUUUCCUGCAUCCAUCUGGGACUCGCCAGCAGCUGAUUCUGUACCAUCCUGGCCAACAAGUUCAGGUUCCCCAACUCACACAACUGCAUCAAUACUUGGCAACUCCAGUAGCCUGUGGUCUACCACCACGCCGUUCAGCAGCUCCAUCUGGUCGAGUAACCACAACAGCGCCCUUCCAUUCACCACCACUCCAGCAAAUGCAUUGUCCGGUAUAGAGUUCAUGGGAAAUGAAAACUCAGCCCCUCCUCCUCCACCUACUGCUGCCACUGUUGCAAAUCCUGCUGAAGAUAUGGGACAGACCUACAAUCCCUGGCGAAUUUGGAGCCCCACAAUCGGAAGAAGAAGCUCAGAUCCUUGGUCUCACUACCCUCACGAAAACUGAAAUUAGCAAAACAAAGGGACUUCUAUCAUGAUCAUGACACAAUAUUGAAUAGGCCAAUUUUUGAAACAUCAUUUUCAGGCUGUUCUUGCUUUUUUUUUUUUUUUCUCCCCCUUCUGUCAGUCAUGCUUUCAUCACUUGCUCCUUUUAAAAUCUAUCUUGCAAUUAUGGUAGUGUGAGAGCACAGUUACACUUGACAGUCUGGGCGUGGUCACAAACUAAACUUCAGCUAAGACCUGUACAUCUGAACAGUUCCACUGGUUUCAUCCUUUACCAUCUGCCAUCCUUUAUUUGACACCAAAAGGGCCGUGGCAUGCACCACUUUUAUCAGAAUACCAGUUUAGGGGUUUUAAUUUUCUUUCCAGUAUUAUGCUCCAAGAUCUAAUUUUAAACAAACAAAAAAAAAAAGCACUUUGCUAAAACGCAGAGUAUUUUUUUAAAAUAAGGCUGUCUUUGUUAACACAGGUUCUAAGAAUGUAAAAACCUUAAGAGCAAAAAUGGCUGAAUGUAAGAGCAUUCUGUUAAGACUGUGUACACUUUCUGUGCUGUUUGUACAUUUGUAAACCUGAAUGCAUUUUUAAGUUGAACUGAAAUGCGCACAGCCAAGACUUGUGGAAGAAACAAGAUACCUUGUGCAUUUCUUACAGAUACAACUUUGGGUUGUACUUUAAAAUAAAUAAUGCUUUUUUCAACAA